AUGGCGGGCAGAGUGUCUCUUUCAGAGGUAGACAUUUCAUGUCCAAUAUGCUGUGACGUCUUUAACAACCCGGUGGUACUCAAAUGCAGCCAUAGUUUCUGUGAGUCGUGCCUGCAGCAGCACUGGGCUCAGCACUGGAGCAGGCGGGACUGUCCCAUGUGCAGAGAGGUGAGCUCCGAGGAGCCUGUGCCCAGUCUUACCCUCAGGAACCUGUGUGAGGCCUACAUCCAGGACAGUGAAGAUGCUGAGGAGAGAGCAAGGGAGCUGAGUGACAACCAGGAGAUGUGCCUUUACCACGGGGAGAAGUUAAAACUGUUUUGUCUCGUGGACAAAGUGCCUAUUUGUGUCGUCUGUCACACCUCAAGGAAGCACAAGCAACAUGACUGCUGCCCUGUGAGCGAGGCCAUCACCGAUGUCAAGGAUACAAUGAAGUCCACCCUGGAGUCAUUGCUCGAGAAGAGGAGUAGGUUUGAACACAUGAAGAAGGUCUACGAGGACAGUGAGACACAUAUACAGUUUCAGGCACAACUGGUGGAGAGAAGAACACGCGAGGAGUUUCAAGUCCUGCAGAGUUUUUUGGAGGCGGAGGAGGCAGUGAGGGUAGAAUCUGUGAGGAGAGAACAAGAGCACAAGACUCAAGCCAUGAGGGAAAAAGCAACAGAAAUGUCCAGAAACAUACAGGCAAUAUCUGAGAGUAUCAGAUCCCUGGAGCAGCAGAUGGCUUUGGAUAACCUAUCCAUUCUUAAUAAUUCCAGAAGUACUCUUGAAAGAGCCACCAUUCCUUAUGAGGACUCGUGUAUGGCCCCAAGAGCACUCUUAGAUGUGGCAAAUUACAUGGGCUCCCUGAAAUAUCACAUAUGGAAGAAGAUGAGUGAAAUCAUUGACUACACCCCGGUGACCCUGGACCCCAACACUGCGGCUCCCUGGCUCAUAUUGUCAGACGACCUCACCAGUGUGCAUGACAGCGACAACAAACAGCAUCUCCCUGACAACCCGGAGCGCUUCGACCCUGACUCCGGGGUCCUGGGCUCCGUGGGUCUCACCACAGGCCAGCACGUGUGGGACGUCAGCGUGGGCACCAACACGGCAUGGGUGGUGGGCAUCGCCAAGCAGUCGGUCCAGAGGAAAGAGAAAGUAUCGUCUGUGCUGAAGAACGGUUACAUGUCCGUGUAUUUCUAUCACAAAAUGUACUUUGCCGGGACCUGCCCUCUAACAAGGCUCAACCUAAAAAGAAAUCUGGAAAGAAUAAGAGUGCUGUUAGAUUGUGAUAAAGGGAGAGUGUCUUUCUUCGACCCACACGACAACACUCAAAUCUACACAUUCAAGCAGGCCAUCACUGAAACGGUUUAUCCAUACUUUUGGGUGGGCUGCCAGCAAUGUCCUUUAAAGGUGGAACCUGUGUGUGUUUCUGUCAAAAUCCAAGAGCAAUAUCCUAAAGUGUGA